CGAGACUGCUGGGUCACACUGGCCAUCUUUGGAAGGCUACCUGACCGUGAUUGAGAAACCAUGCUUGGCAGUCCCUGCGUCUCGGUCCUCGGCCCAGACCCAACUCACCACGCCGGUGCCGGGGCUAGGACUCAUGUCCUCAACGGCAAUGCUUUCCAGCAAGAUGCCAUCGUCACCUUUGCAGGCUGGCAGUAUGUCUGUUUCUACAGUCCUCUCGCUUCAGAAAAUACCCCCUCUACGCUAGAGCCCGUCUAUGUACACCUCGCUCGGCGCAAACUCCCCGCCGGGCCAUGGCAGACGCUCGUCUUCGAUGACUAUCCGCAGACAACCGAUGAUGGCCACAACACUGUCCAAAUCGGCAUCUGUCCUGGCGACGGCACGAUUCACCUCUCUUACGAUCAUCAUUGCGACCGGCUGCGAUAUCGACACUCGGUGCCCAAACUUGCCCUAACCCCCGAGGCCUUCCAAUGGACGGCCCUGGAAUUCACUCCCACCCUGGCAACCCUGCCGGGCUUGCCAAAGGAGGACCCUGAAAUCGAUGCACUGCUUGGCUACGUCACAUACCCUCGCUUUGGCCUCCUGGGAACCUCAAAACUCUGGUUCUCGUUCCGCACGGGGAAGGCCGGUCUUGGAGACGACCACCUCGCAAUUUAUGAUCCGGCAUCAGCAACGUACAGCAGGCCAGUCACGCAUCUCAAGGGUGUAGACAGCAAUCCAUAUAUCCACGGACUCGACUAUCGCCCACAUAGAGACUCUUCGGCGCAAAGAGCCCAAGGGGCACUGCAUACGACCUGGGUAUACCGUGGCUUCGUCUGGUACCCUGGCUGGGACGACCCCGAAGAUACCAAGCACAAAGCGCAGGCAGGUCCCAACUCGGGCGAGAACAACCAUGAUCUAUGUUUUGCCUACUCGGAAGACGAAGGCAGCACGUGGCGGAACGGUGCUGGAGACAUGAUUGCGGACAAGGGAAAGAGCAUUGAGCCGACGGCGCCAGGGGUUCGGGCAUUCAAGAUUCCCAAGAACAGCGGCCUGGCCAACCAGGAGAGUCAGGCCGUCGACCACGAAGGAGGCGUGCAUGUGCUGAAUAGAGACUCCUUGCCCGUCGAUGGCGAUGGGAUCGAAGAAAACCCGGAGAACCAGAUCAGGUGGAAGCACUACUAUCGCAGUCCCAAAGGCGUCUGGACACAAACGGCUCUACCCGGCGUCCGUACCGGUUACGGCGGUAAGCGAGGCCAAGUGGCCGUCAGCAAACACGGCGACCUGUACUUUGUUCUUCCCGAAGCCCUUGCGGCACCACCACCAUCCGCAGACUCGGCGCCACACCCCCAACAGCAGCUCACAAUCCUCAAAGCCACCAAGACGUCAGCAUACACGGACUACCAGCUCGUCUGGCGUGGUGGCAGCGACUCCGGUCUAGAGACGAAAGCAGCAGGCACGGCCGCUCUUUCACUUACAGCAGAUGCAGCAGUGUCAUCGUCGAUGCUGCGCUUCCCACCAACGGAACCACUGAUCGACAAAGCGCGCCUCGACCACGAUGAAGUCCUGUCCGUGUUUGUCCGGGCUUAUAGUCCGACUGCCGCUACUUCAGACGACAGCGGGGCGGGCAGUGGCAGCCGAGAACCGAAGGAGCGAGAAGGCAGGGUAGAUGUUGUCGUGCUAGACUUUGAAAUUGUAGAGUUGUAAAAGACGUGGACGAUGAGAGAUCUGUUCCUUCAAAAACACGGGCUGCACCGUCGAUUUGCGAUGCUAUGUUCAAACAACAUUGAUUCCGCUUAGUGAUAUGCGACACGGUGU